AUGGAAGAGGAAACAUCGACCACGGAUGUUCUCACAGGUGUUGAGGUUCCAACAUCUAAUGGUGACACCUCCGAGACUGAAGAAACUCGAGGGAAGAUGACUGAUUUGGUAGAGUUCAAGCGUUUGAGCAUCAUGCCCCAGUGUUCCACGGAUCGUACCCUGGGCUUCUUGACUGAACCUGUGGUGAGCGACCCAGCAGCUGGGUCUCAGCUGCCGUGGGCUGACCCCGACGAGUUCUUUCUCUCUCAGGAACAAUCCAGGGUGGCGAGGAUGUGCCUCGACGAGCCCUUCAUCAUUGCCCUUUGCCACGCGUCUCUAGAUGAUCUCAAUAUUCCGUUGCAUGCUUCUCUUGUGUGCCCUGAGUCGGAAAUCUCAUCAUCACGCUGA